GAGGUGGUGAGUAUAGGUGUGAUGGAUCCUGAGCGGCUCAUCCCGUGCCCCUAUGACAAAAAUCACCAGAUCCGAGCCUCCAGGUUCCCCUACCACUUGGUCAAAUGCAAAGAGAAUAACAAGAAAAGAGCCAAAGAGCUGGCCACGUGCCCCUACAAUGCUCGCCACAAAGUCCCAAAGCAGGAGCUCCAGCUGCACAUCUCCACCUGCACAGACAACCAGGAACCAGAGCUGUUCAGUGGGACAUCAAUGACUUUCAGUCCCAAGAAGGAACAGAAAGAGACCCCAAGAUCCUGGCAGUGUCCCCCCUGCCAGGAGGACUGGGAGGCAG